UUAAGAUUAGAAUUGUAAAUAUGGAUUCUACUGGUCUGGAGUUGCAUCCAAAUUGGAUAGCACUCACCACAUUGCAUGUGCCGCUAAAGCGCUUUGUGCGUGCUGGGGAAACUGUGGAAGCUUCAACAGACAAGGCGGAAAAACAUAAAAUUGAAGGCGUCAGCAGCGAAGAAGUGCAACAAUUUUAUAAGGAGGUGCUGGAGACACCACCCAUAGCUAGUCAGCCAGUGCGCAAAAGUACAAGACGACCAAAGGAGAAACCAGCGCCUCAAUUACCAUAUGAAAGCAACAACUUCUUCAGACUGGCCACUGGCAAUAAUGUCGAGGGCUUAAGUCGCUUGGCAAUAACAGAGGAGCAGCAACUCAACGCUUGUGAUAAAUACGGCUGGUCAGGAUUGAUGAUGGCAGCCUGCGAAGGUGCAGCGGAUGCGGUGGAAUGGCUGCUGAGAGCUGGAGCCAAUACAGAGCUGGCAGAUAAGAGUGGCAACACAGCCUUGACGUUGGCCCGAAAGAAAGGGCACACAGCUAUUGUGGAGAUGCUGGAAAUGAUACAAGCGAGUCAACUUCCAUUGCCAAUAGAAGAAGCAACAACAACAAAUACAGCUACCAAACCAUUCUACUGUGAAGUGUGCCAAAGAGAUUACAAGGAAUCAACAUGGCAUGCGCAUCAAACAUCCACUGUGCAUCAGUUCAACAUGAAGUCUCUGCCCGCGCAUAAGCUACAAAAGUUUAACAUUUCUCUGAAAAAUCGCGGUCUGCAGCUAAUGGUUAAGCAGGGCUGGGAUCGAGAACAUGGAUUGGGACCCACGCAUAGCGGACGCUUGUAUCCCAUAAAGACUGUGUUGCGCAAACAGCGCACUGGUUUGGGAAUUGAGCAAUCCCCGGCACGUGUGACACAUUUUGAGGCAUUUGAUACAAAUGCCACCAAGCAUAGGUACAGGAACACGUUGCCACAGCAGCCAAACAGAAACCGUAAUGACAUGCGGCGAGAGAAGCUAAGAGAAUGGAAACGUGAGCGUCGUUUGCGUAAUGAAUUAAGUUGACUUGUAAUGAAUUAUAGAUUAAAGUAAUGCUAAUGUAUUUUUGUUUGCCAAGAAACACAACAUUUGGGCCCUUGGCUAGGUCAGGGUACACACACACACACACACAUCUACAUGUAGACAUAGUAUAUAUGUAU